CUCUUUGCGGCUUUAAUUGGAUGUUGUAAGGCUUCUCCCCUGAGCGCUCGCUGGUCUUCUUGCCAUCCGCUGCCGGGGAAGACUGCGUUUGCCGAAAAAAUAAAGAAGAUACCGAGAAUGACAGAGUACGACUGGGACAAGAAAUGUGCUUCAGCUUCAUAUUCAGGCACAGAAGUGAAACCUGAACAAGUUCCUUCUUGUGUGAACCCUGGCAAUCCUGUGUUUUCAUGUAUGUUGGACCCAAAGACACUCCAUACAGCUACCUCACUAUCAAAACCUAAGAUGAUUAUGUAUAAAACCAAUUCAUGUAAUUAUGGUGAAUUUUUACCUGUGCCACAGUUUUUUCCCUGCAAUUAUACUCCAAGGCAGCAAGUAUUUUCAAGCCAUAUCAGAGCUACUGGAUUUUAUCAAAAUAACUCUCUCAAUACUGCACCUGAUAGAAGCAGAACCCUUGAUUUUCCUAAUUUUCAACAUACUCUAUGAAAAUAUAUUCCUCUGUAUCGUUAAGAGAAAAUAUACUCAGGAAAAAUGAGUUUUAAAUCUAAGGCUAGAAAACCUAACUUGGUAUAUAAAAGUAUUUGAAUUAAUUAAAAGAAUACUUUUAAGAAAUAAAUCAUUUGAACUGAUAACUGAAUUACAGUGACUCCUUAAAUAAAAAUGUGUUCAAAACAGAAUAAAAAGUAAACACGUUUUAAUACAUCUUGGCUUUAUUUAGUACAUGUUCUCCAAAAGUUUCAAAAGGCUUUCAGGAUCUCUGUUGUCCACUGAGUAUAUUUAUCAAAACAAAGGAACACAAGAGCACUAAGAAAAAAACUGAAUUAAAGGAAGACUGACCAGUAAUUUCCCAGAUUUCUGUUAUUUCAACUAAGGGCUUAGAACCUGGGAGAAUUUUAGUUUCCACUGCUAGGCUAGUAGAAGAGAAGACCUGUUAUUCAUUCAUUCAUUUGGCAAAUACUUACAGAACACC